GCCACCGCAUGUCCCCCCGCCGCAGGGUCCACCUCUGAGGACGGUCGGUUAUCUUUCCUCUUCUCUAGAGUUUAUACGCGCGUCUCCAUGGGUGCAGCUCAACUUCGUGGAGUAAUAACGGUGUGACGUCAGCAUGCCGAACCGACAGAAGAGGACGGUGUUUUGUGUGGCAGGUGCCCUGGGCUUCGUGUGCGUAUUGACGGUGGCGGUGUCGCUGGGCCUCCCCCGGUGGCUGCACGGUACCGUGCUCUGCCACACCGGGGCCCAGCUGGUCAACGCGUCCGGAGCCGAGCUGGACAAGUUCCUGGGCCGGCUGAGCUAUGGACUCUUCCAGGGGGAGAGGGUCAAGCAGUGCGGACUUGGCGGGAGACCCCUCCGCUUCUACUUCUUCCCAGGUAUGAUCCAUGUGAUCCCAUUGGGUCUCCACGUCACCGUGCUCUUCUUCUGCGGCGUCCUGGUGCUCUUCUCCUCGCUGGCCACCGGCUUCUUCUUCUUCAACGCCUUCGGGAGCCCCUAUGAGACCCUGCAAGGCCCUCUUGGUCUCUACCUCUGGAGUGCUUCCUGCUGUGUGUGCAGCUGCCUGGUGAUGAUCCUGUUUGCUGCGGAGGUGAAGCUGAAGCACAUGUCAAGACGGAUCGCCAACUUCAACGAGGUCUUCGACUACACGACUUACAGUGAGACUUACGACGUCUCCUAUUGGCUCUUCCUUCUCGUCUUCUUCCUUAACGCACUGAACUUCCUGUUAAUCCGUGUGGCUGGGAUUGACUUCCCCUUCCGGCAAAACAAGGAGUCGGAGGUAACCACCGGAGCGGCUGACCUCCUGUACUGACCGGCUGUAGGCCCGAAACAUACCGAGCGGGAAGUUCGCCUCAUAUUGUAGCGUGACACACAACCAGAAUAAGAAUUUAAGUAUUAAUUGAUGUAUUAAAUGGGCUUCAUUGUGCCUUCAUGAACAGGCUGGUGAAUGGAGACAGCAAAGUGGGUUGUAGAAGAGAGCGAAUGACGUGUAGCAUCCGAGACAAGGUGGGAAUCGUACCUGGGUUGCUACAAGGCAUAUUGCUUCAUGUUUACUGCAUUAGCCCGUUUAUAUGGAGGUGUACUCAGGGUCCUGAGGUCUAGAAGGUUCUCUGAUACAGAUCUCCAUCUCUAGAGCUUAGAACCGACAGGCAGAAAGAAUUACCUGUCGCCAGUUACGACCUCCGCUAGCUGGGAGUUUAAACAGCAAUGAUGUCGUUCAUCACACCUAACGAAAUGGUCACAUCAAACUUAAUUUAGAGAGCUCUUAAUUCGAAGGAAGUAAAGUUGACGUCACAUCGCUGAACCGGAGGCCAGUGUGGCUGCAGUCCCCUAGACUAUCUCUUCCUCCUCAAUGUCGGGAUUUUUAUGUCAUGUAGACAUAUGUGGAACUAGGUCAGUACUAUGUUAUGUAAAGGUAAGGAUCAGUACUUUGUUGGUUAGGAUCACUACUUUGUUGUGUUAGUUAGGGUUAGGGUCAGGGUUCAGGUCUGUAAUUAGUUAGCGUCAGGGUUCAGGUCAGUAAUUAGUUAGUGUUAGGAUCAGGGUUAGGGUCAGUACUUGUUAAAGUUAGUUAGGGUCAGUACUUUGUAAGGUUAGUUAGGGUUAGGAUCAAGGUUAGGGUCAGUACUUUAUGGAAUAUUAGAUAGGGAUGGGAUCAGGGUUAGUCUUUACUUUAUCCUGUAACAGUCAUGGAUAUUGGAUAGUUGAGGUAGGUUCAAGUUCAGUACUUGGAAUUGUUUUCAAUGUUUAUCAGUAGUUCAUGUGUGCCAUUUUUUUAUGUCAUUUUUGAAAAGAUUCCGUACAGUAAUGUUUUAUCACUGUUUUAUCCUUCAAUAAAAUAAAACAAAAGAUCGGAUAAAGU